AUAUUAAUGAAGACACACUAACAUUUUAAUUGCAAGACAAGUAGACAACCUAACAAAGUUUUGUUGUGGACUUGGUCUCUCAUCUUCUCCGAGAGAGAAAGAGAGAGAGAGACAGAGAUCAACAAAAUUUCGGCUCAUCCAAGGCUGUGUAUUAUCAACAUAAGCCGCACACAAACGAAAUGGGAUUAAUGGAUACAAGAUGGGAAACCAUAGUUCCAUUUAUUGUUAUGGCGUUGAUGGAGGCAUGUACCAUUGCACUCACCAUCUUGGCUAAGACCGCACUGACCGGUGGCAUGAGCCCUUUCGUGUUCAUCGUCUACACCAACGCUCUUGGCUCUCUCCUUCUCCUCCCUUACUCUUUCUACUUCCAUAGAGAUGAAAGUGACGAUGAACCCUUCCUCACGAAACCUUCCCUUGUUCGUAUCUUCCUACUCGGUUUUACAGGGGUGUUUUUGUUCCAGAACAUGGCAUUUUUGGGGCUAAGUUAUAGCUCUCCAAUUGUGGUAUGUGCCAUGGGCUUGCAGUCACCUGCUUUCUCCUUCUUGCUAUCUCUUGCUCUUGGUAAGGAAGGAGGGUUAGGAUGGGCAAGUAAGAGAACAAAAGGAAGAGUGAUAGGCACGUUGAUAUGUUUCACAGGAGCCUUUGUUGAAGUUAUUUACUUAGGACCUUUUAUAAGACCUUCUCCUCCUUCAUCCCCAACCUCCAAUUUCCUUACUACAAUCUCACACUACUUAACUUUCUUCAAAAAUUCUGACAAUUGGGCUCUCGGCUCUCUCCUCCUUGCAUGCGCCACGCUCUCCAUCUCCAUUUGGAAUAUUAUACAGUUGGAUACAGUCCAAAAAUAUCCUCAAGUGAUGAAAGUAGUGUCUGCCUAUAGUUUAGCUGGGACACUCCAAUGUGCAAUCUUCUCAGCGUUCAUGGAGCCAGACCUAAGUGCAUGGGAACUCAAACUUAACAUGGACCUAUAUCUCAUUAUUGCCACGGGAAUAUUUGGGAGCAUAAUCAGAACAAGUGUUCAAGUGAAGUGCUCCAAAAUGAAGGGGCCUUAUUAUGUGCCACUCUUCAAGCCAUUUGGGAUCCUUUGGGCUUCCAUUUUUGGCACAAGCUUCUUUGUCAAUAGUCUUCACUAUGGAAGUGUGUUAGGAGCUGCUAUAGCAGGAACUGGAUAUCUAUUGAUAAUGUGGAGUCAAGUUCAAAAAGAUGAUCCAAAUGAAACGGUGGAGAAAAACGAUAAUCAUCAAUUGGAUUCAGAUGAACAGACAACUCCACUUUUGCUCGCGAAUGGUGAUUUUGAUCAAGUUUAAUUCAGAAAUGGUUGUUCGCCUAAUGUGUUUAGUUGUGUUAUGUUAAACAUAAAUUAAGGGUAAGUAAAUCGAAGAAAUUAUAUAUAAAAAAAAACAUAUGUGUGUGAAGCAAAACAAAUAUAUAUAUAAAGUCUUGUAACGUUUUUUUGUAUGAGAGGAAUGUAUCAAAGUCUAU